AUGAGUUCGGACAGUCCAUCAUUGGUGACCACUUCCCUAUUAGCGGUCGCCAUCAUCUUCCCCAUUCUGGGCUCACUUGCUAUUUUUCUCCGUGUUUACUUGAGUAUCGCCAAGGUCAAGCGCCUUUUUGCAGAUGACUAUGUGAUUGUGGUAGCUCAGAUCUGUUCUUGGGGAAUUUCAAUAGAUAUUUUCGUGGCCGCUGCGCUCGGGGGUGUCAAUUACACCAAAGGCAGCGUGAUCGGGGCCACCAUCGUGUUCCUCCGGACACUAUGGAUUGAAGGGUUUGUACUGAUUGGUAGUUUGGUUUUCGUCAAAGUCUCUAUUCUCCUCUAUUAUCAGAGAAUCUUCGUGACACGUGGGUUUCAAAUCGCUGUAUGGAUUUAUGUUUCAAUCUUGCUUGCUUGGGGAUUCGCCAUGAUCAUGGCCCAGCUCUUCUGCUCAAAACCCAUCACUGCCGCCUGGGACCCGUACGCGGUGAAUGCCCUUCGCUUUAAUUACGAUGCGUUUAGCGUGACGUUCGCUGCCAUGAGUCUGGUCUUUGACUUGAUCGUGCUCUGUUUUCCCAUUCCGGUCAUUCACCAACUCAUGAUGUCCACGCACAGAAAGCUCAAAGUGCUCGGUAUAUUUUGGCUGGGAAUAUUCUGCUGUAUCGCAUCCGCUAUCCGUCUCUACUACAUCUACUUCGACAUUUAUAAGUCCACAGCCACGACGGGAACCGAUCGCUACUCAGUCGUCACGAACGCCUUUACCUGGGGUACUAUAGAGCCUAAUGCUAGCAUCGUCGCCGCAUGUCUUCCUACUUUCGGCCACUUGUUCAGCGCGAGUCGUGGUCUUCGGUCCGUUGUCCAAAAUCUCUGGUCCCGUGUUUCCACGCGCACCGGCACGACCAGCGCUGGCAAACAAAGUGGGGUCUCACAGGAGGAAUUUUCUGAAGCUCAGAGAACUUCCAAUGGCUCAUUCUCUCAGGGUCCAUCUAGUCGGGAUCAGUGGCAGCGACUAAGGGUUGAAAAGACCUUUAGUGUCGAUGUCGAAUUGGGAAAUAAUGGGUAUGAGGAUCACUAUCCAUUGGUGGACUGCCCGCCAUAA